UCUCAUUGUCAUACAAACACGGCUCUCUCAAGCCUCUACUCAUGGGCUCAUUAAUGGUCAGAGCUGGGAAGAGCACUUGUCCUGGGGACACUGGGAGAUCAAGACUUGUAUUUCCCCUUAAAGGCGCCAGAUGAAUCCCAGCUAGGGCUAAAUGGAAGAAUAACUACACAGACUACAGACGUGAAGCGACCUUAACAGUAUGAUGAAAAAGCUUUAUGAGCCAGAGGGCAAGUUCAGGCUGGAGAUGGCCACAGCCCAGCCUGCACCCCCAACCCUGACCCGAGGCGAGUGGUCGAACAAAAUUGAGUUCCUUCUGGCUGUUGCAGGACAAAUCAUAGGCUUAGGAAAUGUGUGGAGGUUCCCUUACCUGUGCUACAAAAACGGAGGAGGCGUGUUCUUCAUCCCCUACAUCCUCUUCCUCUUCACCUGCGGCAUCCCCCUGUUUCUCUUGGAGACGUCUCUCGGCCAGUACACCAAACAGGGAAGCAUUACAUGCUGGAGGAAAAUCUGUCCACUUUUUGAAGGUAUGGGCAUUGGCCAUCAGGUGGUUGUUUUAUACUCCAGCAUCUAUUACAUCAUCAUAUUGGCCUGGGCUUUCUUCUAUCUCUUCUCCUCUUUCAACUCUGAGCUUCCCUGGGCCAGUUGCGGAAACAGCUGGAACACAGAGACCUGUGUGGAGUUUGAUCGAAAGGAUGAUUAUUUGAACUGGACUGUAGCUGCAAAUGCUACAUCACCAGUGAGAGAGUUUUGGGAGAAGAGAGUCUUGAAUAUCACAGGAAGUGUCAAUGAGUUAGGCAGCAUACGAUGGGAGCUGGCUCUGUGUCUUCUGUUGUCCUGGAUCAUCUGUUACUUUUGUGUCUGGAAAGGGGUAAAGUCAACUGGGAAGGUAGUGUAUUUUACUGCCACAUUUCCAUAUCUGAUGCUGGUGGUACUGCUGGUGCGUGGACUUACGUUGCCAGGGGCCAUAAAUGGGAUCAAGUUCUACCUCUACCCAGAUCCAUCCCGCCUCAGCGAUCCACAGGUGUGGAUGGAUGCUGGCACACAAAUAUUUUAUUCCUAUGCUAUUUGCAUUGGGUGUCUUACUGCGCUUGGCAGUUAUAACAAAUAUGACAACAAUUGUUACAAGUAAGUUAAAUAAAAUGCCUUUUGUGUGUUUUU